CCAGACUGCUCGCAGCUCGGAACUAGUUCGCUGUUUACGAACGACAAUAAACGGAGACCAAAACAAUUACGGAGGACGAGCACAAAGCGAACGUGAGAAAUUUGUGAAAAUUUUUAUAAAUCGCGUGUGUGGGCGCUUCAAAAAUGGUGCUGCGAUCGGGGAUCAUAAUUCCGUUUCAGUUUCGCGACACGAAGAAGCUGCUGAUGAUCGGGGUGCCCGAGGAGAACCGCAACCUAAACAUAUGGGACCUGAAGAACGUGGUGCGCGCCGCCUUCGGGAUCUACAACUUCGAGUUCCGGAACAAGAAGAUCGGCUUUAACAUCCCGGACGAGCUGCUGCUGCACUAUCUGGCCCAGAGGCACGACCUCACCAACUUCGUUAUAGAGAUCAGUCAAGUCUGCGAUGUCGCCCUGGACAACUAUGUGCUGAAUCGCCAAUGCAGCUGUGCGGACCAGAAAAUGCUCAACGAUUCGCCAACGCCCGAGGAGCCCACCAAUUUGUGCCAGCCCAGCAAUGUGCUGGAGGCCGCGCCCACUCCGCUCAUGGCUCUGCCACACUGCGAGGACGAGGAUCACGAGCCUGAGCAUGAGCACGAGGAGAGCAUUAAGUAUCGGAUCGACAAGGCCAGCAGUGGAGCUGCCUCAGCGGAGCUGGGCAUGCCCGCCUACGAGGCCUGCUCGCCCAAGAUGGACUACGAUACGCAGGACGAGCUGCCGGACUCGCCGCACUCGCAGCCGCCACCGCCUUUUCCUCUGCCCGCAGCCCUGCCGUUGCCACCGCCGCCCACCUCGCAUCACCAACAUCUGCAACAGCAGCACCAGCAGCAACACGAGGAGCGCAUCCAGCAAGAGUACAUAAUCCAGCAACAGCAGCAGCAUCAACACCUGCAGCAGCAACAACAUCACCUGGCUCUCCUGCAGCAGCAGCAGGAGCAACAGCAACAGAUUCAGCAGCAGCAGGGUGUCAACAUGGCCAUGGGCACUACUACGACAAACAACAUUCGACAGCGCAAGGAGCGGAUGUCCAAGCGGCAGAAGGAGCUGUACGUGCACUUCCUGCAGCAGCACCAGUUCAUCAACGACCACCGUCGCAACGAUCCUGCGCUGGACCCCUACUGGCAAAAGCUGUCCAACCUGCUGAACGCCGUGCCCCAGGGCGCCGUGAAGCACGUGAGCGAGUGGAAGCAGACCUUCGACAACUGGCGAUACCGCAUCUUCCUCUACGCGCGCUACAACUCCAAGCUGCAGGACGAGGAGGCCCAGAAUCCUCGCAACUUCAAGCCGCUGACCCGGACCGACAAGCAGGCCUACAUCAUGUGGAUCCGGAACCCGGACACCGCGCCGCCCGACCUGGACAAGAUGCGCAACGUCUUCUGCAACCUGGAGGAGACGGCGGUGCAGCAGGAGUAGAUUGCCCUUCGUCGUAGCUGUAACAUUUCAAAUAUUCUUUGUCACCUUUUCAAUGGUUUUUAUCGUAUUAAUCGUGCGUAUGUGUGUCGCUGUUUUCCUGUUUUGGGAAUGCAUUUUCCUUUUAGCUUGUUGUCAUUGUUAUGCCUUUUUGAAUAUUAAACAUGUGUUUUUUUUAAUGAA